GCUAAGACCGCCUGUCACAAGUCUGUUGCCUGCAUGGCUUCCACGAAAAUCGAUUGCAACCAAAGCUUUUCACUGCUGUUGCUACUGCCGUUGAUUGGGUCGAAACUAAGCUGGGUUGUUCCAGUCAUACAUCAGAUUUACCAAACCCCACAGCGGUUCGACGUUCUCCCGCGAUGCGUCGCUCCGUCUGGUUUGGUCGGAGUGUCGCUGAUCUUGUUAUUGUCCAUGUCGCCUCCUGCCUGAUCCAUCAGUGCCUCUCCUUAGGCUUCACUUCCAGGUGAAAUAACGAGCAGUGGGCGGUCCAAGGAUGGAGAUGGUACGCUGGGAAAAUUUGCCUGAGUUGUGGACGUGUUGUGGGAGAGUUUGCCACGAAUCGAACCUCAGCUAGAGGUCUUGCUUGCUUUUUUCUUUUUUGAAAAUGCUGCUCAAGACCCACGUAGGGCUCCUAUUAAAGGCAACGCUGAAACUUGGAAAGUUUGAUUUCAGGUUUCCAUCUGACGCGAAAGUUAUAUUGAAGGAGUUGAACAUCCACGGCAUUGACUGACCACCGAGUACGUCUCCUGAAUUCAGAUAAGGAUCCAGUCAGAGUCAAAUUAUCGCAGUAUCUAGGCAACCGCUCAACACGAAGAAACGCGAAAACGAACACACCCCAGAUUCCCAGGUAUACGGUAGAGACCGAAAUCGAAGAUUCUAGAUG